AUGACGCGCCCGACGAACCUGCGCAUCGCGCGCACGCCUAUGGCAGGCCUCAAAGUCGGAAAUGCUUGGUCGUCGUGCAUGAACAGCAGCAGCAGCAGCAGUAGCAGGCCGGCAACGGCAAGCCUCGCACUCUACAUCUCCCGCCGCAAUGCCUCUUCCACCUCCCCCGCCUCGGCCGUCACCACCAAGGCGGACCACUCGACGGACCCCAUCCAGGCGAGACGCAGCCUGAUCGUCAACCCACCCGCCACGACCCGCCCACCACAUCUGAACCUGCCCACCCGCGGCCCCGACAGCUCCAAGGUCGGCCACCUCAUCGCCACCGGCAAGGCCUACUUUACCUUUUACAAGACGGGCAUGUCGCACAUCGCCAAGAACUACAAGCUCUCCUCGGCCGUAGACCAGCACGCCCAGCAGUUCCGCGAGGCCGGCCCUGCAGCGACCGGACUGGCCGACCCUUCCUCCGCCAACCAGGUCCCACCUCCGCCCGGCUCCCGCGCCGCCGUCAUCCUCCGCGAGCGCCUGCGCCACGACCUUUCCCGCCUGCCCGUGUUCGCGCUCAUCCUCCUGGUGUGCGGGGAGUUCACCCCGCUGGUCGUCAUGCUGCUCCCGCGCGUCGUACCGCUCCCCUGCCGCAUCCCGCGCCAGGUCGACAAGCUGGACCGGCUAGCCGAGGCACGCCGCUCCGCCAGCUUCACCGAGCUGGAGCAGCGGCAGACGCAGCAUGACGGUAGCGAGAAGGCUACGUCGCUGGACAGCGCAGUCAUGUACCGCCACAUCGGCCGCAGCCUGAGCCUACUGGGCGGACCCGUCUCCUCGGCGCUGCUGCCGUCGCUGAUCCUACAGCGCCGCGUCAACAUGCGCCUGGCAUUCCUGGCCGACGACGACGCCAUCCUGCGCGCCAAUGGUGCCACGGCCGCUCUGGUGCCCGACGAGGUGCGCUUGGCCUGCAAGGACCGGGGCAUGGACGUGCUUGGCGUCGACGACGGCGAGCUUGAGCGACUGCUGAGGAGGUGGUUGGACCUGCUUGCCGGUUGUGAUAGGGAGACCACCUUUAGCAGAAUGCGGCAUUUACUAGUGACGAGGCCUAAGGAGUGGCCACUGUCGUUUUGA